UAAAAACCAAAGGAAAUGGCUAAGCUGAUAGGAUUAUUGACGUGUCUUCUGCCACUGUUAGUGUAUGCCCAGAACGAUGUCAGCUGGUAUGAUUAUUACACAGCAGAUGGACGAACAUCAGGACUCGUUGCUGCCAGCAAAGAUGGAUUUCUACUGAAUGGCAAACCAUUUCACAUCAUCAGUGGAGCUGUUCAUUAUUUUCGAAUUCACCCAACUCAAUGGCGUGAUCGACUGAGAAAACUACGGGCAAUUGGCGCCAACACUGUUGAAACGUACAUGCCUUGGAACCUUCACGAGCCACGUCGUGGAGAAUAUGAUUUCAGUGAAGGCCAAAAUGAUAUGUCAGCUUUUCUUAAUGUUACUGCUUUCGUCGAAAUGGCUCAGCAAGAGGACCUAUUCGUCAUUUUGCGGCCAGGCCCUUACAUCUGCUCUGAAUGGGAGUUUGGUGGAUUGCCAAGUUGGCUUUUACGUGAUUCUGACAUGAAAGUUCGCACUUCCUAUCCUGGAUUCCUCCAGGUGGCAGAUGGGUACUUAACAGAAGUAUUCCGACGCGUAGCUAAUUUGCAAUUUCAGCGAGGAAAUGGACCUAUCAUUGCCUUUCAAGUAGAAAAUGAAUAUGGGGCUUUCAGAGAGGGUUCAGAGGUGCCCGAAACACAAUACUUGAUUCAUUUGCGAGACAAGAUGAUUGAAUUAGGAUCAACUGAAAUGUUUUUCACAUCAGACACACCCUCGAAUAACGGUGACUUGGGGGCUGUUCCAGGUGAAUUACAAACAGCCAAUUUCGCUUAUGAGGCGGAUAAGCAAUUUGAUGCCCUCGAUGUGCUACAGCCAACAAAGCCAUACAUGGUGGCUGAGUUUUGGAGCGGAUGGUUUGACCAUUGGGGUCAACUCUACCACGAUGGAACGGCCUUAAAUGAUUUCACUUACGUUCUGGAACGUAUCUUCACCCGAAACAGUUCAGUGAAUUUCUACAUGUUUGUUGGUGGGACGAGUUUCGGAUUUAUGAACGGAGCUAACUUGCAAUCCUCUUUCCCAUUUUACGCUGCCGAUAUCAGUAGUUAUGAUUACGAUUCACCCUUGACCGAAGCAGGCGAUUACACUGACAAAUACUACGCUGCCAAAGACCUCAUUGCUAGAUUCAACAGAAUUCCUAACAUUUACAUGCCCCCUAUGCCGGCCGAAAGUAUCAAAACUGCUUACCCCCCAAUCCAAGCAACAGAACAUCUAACAUUAGAAGACCUUCUUCUUCAAUUGCCCAACAACUUGAAGAUCCAGUCGAACAAUUUGCUUUCAAUGGAAGACCUUCCGAUCAACAAUAAUAACGGCCAGAGUUAUGGGUAUGUUCUGUACCGAAACGCAGCCACGUUGACAGGUGGAGUACACACCAUCACAACAAUCGGACACGUACGAGAUUUAGCCGUUUUGUUGGUGGAUCAGCAGCGUUUGACACCUGACUGGAGAAGUGAAAUGCAGUUGGGAAAUUUUGGCUUUUGGGCAACAGCGAAUGCUUCAUUUGAAUUCGUCACUCAGGAUUCUGCAAACAGUCACACAGUUGAUUUACUAGUAGAAAACAUGGGAAGGAAUAACUUUGGCCCUCCAAGUUACUUUCACCAGAAAAGAGGCUUACCCGAAGGACCUGUUUUACUGGACAACGAAGAAGUCGUUGGAUAUACAAUUUUUCCUUUGGAAUUUACGUCAGCUUGGGUUCGCAGUUUGACAAAUUGGAAUGCUUCUCCAGCUCCACCAGCGACUGUCAUUUGUCCUACGCUUACCAAGUCGACUUUGACGAUUGCCGAUGAUCCAACUGACACGUACAUCACGACUACCGGGUGGGGUGAUGGUAACCGGGGUGUUGUUUUUGUGAAUGGCUUUAACAUCGGUCGCUAUUCGGGCAUUGGUCCCACGAAAACUCUUUACAUUCCAGCUCCAUUAUUGAACCGUGGCGACAACACCAUUCUGGUUUGGUCCCUGUUCGAGCCCGUGACGACCAUCUCGUUCACCGAUCAGCCAGAUUUAGGUCCGCCUAAAUAUCCGUAACUCGAGCCACUUCCGUACAGCAGCGUCGUGCAUUUCAAUUGGUUCUUUCCUUAAAGAUUUUCCUGCUAGACAAACAAAAAUUUUCAAUUAUACAAGAUGACAAUAAAAGGAAAAAUAAACUAUACCGCAAACUUCA